CCCACCGCAACCCAUGACACGCCGCCCGUCUCCGAUCGGUCCGCUAUCACGUGCUCGUCGAAGUUGUAUCGGAUAGGAGCAAAAAAAUAAAAACGAAAUUUUCAAUAUUUUAUUUUAAGUCCCAAAAUUAUCGUGACACACAACCAACGUUAUGAACGUGUUAAUACGUCAAUUAUAGCCGUAUCGCAGAGUCCGGGAUAAACAAUUAAUAAAACGUAUGUUAUUCGAAACUUAGUGAUUUUAUUUAAUCGCUAAACGAACGAGUGAAUAACGAUUAUCGUUGUGUGCUGGUCGAAAGAUGAAAUCGACAACCGUGCUCUAUAGAUACAAUGAUAUCAGUCGUAAAAACGGUUUUUACAGUCUCAACAUAAGACAUGCGGCUAUUACCGGAGCUAUUUACACAUUGAAUAUUUCUGUAUUAGUUGUACUAAUAUACAGUUGGAUGAUAAGUUCAAAUAUGAAAAAUACACUUCUUCUUCAAGAUGUAUUUUAUGGUGUUCAAAUUGCAUAUUCUGCCGUAAUUGGAACAAAUUUGUUCAUCUUCGCUGCCAGCGUCAUAUUACUCCUUGGAAUCGUCAAAGAACGAGUAUCCCUAAUCGUACCUUGGAUUGUCGGUCUCAUAACUUUUAUGGCACUCGAAGCGGUCGCCAUUGUUUACUCGAACGUACUCAGAGACCAUGUAAAUAAGAAAUUCGACUCGCUCUGCAAAAUUGAAGUGACGUUUUACUUGAUACGGGCAGUACUAAAUGUGUUGAGUCUAUUAAGCGUGAUAAAAUUCUACAAUAUGGUGCGAUUGGGAGUAACAUGGAAAGGUCCAGAGACCAUUGAACUGUGA